UGAUCGUCUGGAGCUGAGCGGCUGUAGCAUCAUGAAUCUGUGGUUCGGUCACUUCCUGUUCGCGGCAUUGUUUCUGUGCAGCUCGGCUCUGACGCCUGAAGAAUGCAAACCCUUGGUCACACCUUUGUCUCUGGCCGACCCCUCCAUGAUGUUCGGCCGGACGAACUUCCUCGUGGGUUAUACCGACACUGAGCUGUACAACAACAUGCUGAAAGUGACCGACAGCUCCUGGCUGAAUAUCAGUGCGUCGGACACCCCCAACAAGGUUAUUAUGUCUCAGGAGAACAAAAUGGGUGGAAAGUGCUUAAGCUCAUUGGUCGGUGUAACCAUUGACGGUGACACUGUAACAACAUCAUAUGCUAACGUCACCUCAGUGUUCCACCUCUUGCCAAGCUGUGACGGAUGUCUGGUCUUCAACAUUAACAGCAGGGCCAGAAACAUUGAGAAGCUUCUAAGCCUUAUGAACAUGACCAGCACAGCAGAGGAGAUCACCACUCACGCACUUUAUCUGCUGGGCCCAGAGACGACCUUGAAGGACUCAGAUUUGGAGCAUUUCAAGAAGCAGGCGAGCUGCCUCGGGUUCUCCAAAGAACCAGACUUCGUCUACAACCCAGAGAAAGGUUUCUGUGCUGAGGGGGAGGGCAUCAAAUUACCGUUCUGAAGCAAAAACUCAACUGUCGUCCGAAGCAAAUAUUUCAAAGUGAAACUGAAGAAGUAAAGAGACAGAAAGUGACUCUAAACAUCAAA